ACUAUCCAAACCUUACUGGAAGCACCCUAUUUGUUACAGGGAAAUUCUGAGCGAGAAAAAAAAGAGCAGAUCACAAAGUCACAGGAAAAGAAGAAGGAGCGGAACCUCACAUGUGAAUAGAUGUGCAUAGAUUCCACCUGCACUCUUUGGGAAGUACUGUAAUUUGACUGAUUGGUAUCCAUGUAAAAGAUUCUACACAUCUGUUUCUACAUUCAACUGUGCACGAGUGUGCGUAAAUAUGAAGUGUUUGUGCUGUGUGCUGCUGUGUGUCACUCUGGUCUUUCUACCUGUGACGAACAGUCAGGCACCUGUGGAGGCCAACUCAUACACGGAGUGCACAGAUGGCUAUGAGUGGGAUGCCCAGAACCAACACUGUAAAGACAUAAACGAGUGUGAGACAAUUACAGAGCCAUGUCAAGGGGAGAUGAAAUGCUUUAAUCACUAUGGUGGUUACCUGUGUCUACCUCGCUCUGCCUCUGUCAUCACUGCCCCCGAGCCAUCUGGCCAGUCAGAAUCAGUUCUUGCCAGCGUGUCCAACGGAGCUUUUAAUCCCUGUCCUGUGGGAUAUGAGGCCCAGGGAGAGAGCUGUAUAGAUGUAGAUGAGUGUGAAAUUAACCUGCAUGACUGCCAACCGAGUCAACAUUGCAUUAACACUCUCGGAUCAUACACCUGUCAAUGUUCGGAUGGCUACCGAAAGAUAGGCCAGGAGUGUGUCGAUAUCGAUGAGUGCACAUACCGCUACUGCCAGCAUCGCUGUAUCAAUUAUCCUGGAUCUUUUGCCUGCCAGUGUGAGCCAGGAUUCCAGGUGGCAGGCAACAACCGUUCCUGUGUGGAUGUAAAUGAAUGUGAAAUGGGAGCACCAUGUCAGCAGAGGUGCUACAACACAUAUGGGACAUUUCUGUGUCGCUGUGAGCAGGGCUACGACCUCGACCCUGAUGGCUUCACAUGCAAUGACAUUGAUGAGUGCAGCUACUCCAGUUACCUGUGUCAAUUCCAGUGUGUAAAUGAGCCAGGUCGAUUCUCCUGUGUAUGUCCACCGGGCUAUCAGCUCGUCGGUUCACGCCUCUGCCAAGAUUUGAAUGAGUGUGAGUCAGGGACCCAUCAGUGUACAGAAGGGCAGAACUGUGUGAAUAUCCAUGGUGGAUACCGUUGUGUGGAGUCCAAUCGUUGCCAGGAUCCUUACAUCCAUGUUUCAGAGAAUCGUUGUGUGUGUCCGACGGUGAAGCCGGAAUGCCGUGACCUCCCAUUCUCCAUCGUGCAUCGCUACAUGAGUAUCACCUCUGAACGCUCUGUCCCGUCCGAUAUCUUCCAAAUCCAGGCCACCAGUGUCUAUCCUGGUGCAUACAACACGUUCCACAUCCGGUCUGGAGAUGAUGGAGGAGACUUUUACAUUCGGCAAAUCAAUAAUGUCAGUGCCAUGUUGGUUCUGGCUCGGGAAGUCAGCGGACCCAAAGUGUAUACUCUGGAUCUGGAGAUGGUGUCCGUUAACCCUCUGAUAAACUACCAGAGUAGCUCGACCCUCCGCCUUACCAUCUAUGUAGGACCUCACGCUUUCUAAAAAUAAAAAGGAAAAGAAACCAAGGAUAACAGGGGCAUUGUAAGGUGGUGGGAUGAAUAAUACUACAUUGAAGGAUGUCUACAUAACACUUUCAUAACAUUUUAACAGGGUCAUAAUACUUAUGCAUUCCUUGUAGAUACUGAAAUAUCACAUGAAUGGCAUAAAUGGAUAUAGACUACCUUGCAUUUCUUUCAAGAGAAGGAAACAUCAUGCAUUUAAAACAAAAGAUUGAGGAUGAAAAAUGCAUGUCUUUGUCACUCUUUUUUGUUGUUGUUUAAAUAUCAAUUUAAAUAUGUUGUUUAAGAUUUUAAUUGAAAAUAAUACAAUAUAAACAGAUUUUUUUUUUGUUGUUUUUAUAUCUCUUUGAGGAAACCAAGCAAGCAAUGUAUAUUUAAGAUUCAGAGAAUUUGCAAAAGCCAUCAUAUGCUACCGCUAUCUGUUAUUAGACAGAAAAUAAGUAAAGUCAGCCCUGAGAUGUCUGAAAAUCGGCACAGCUGUCAAUGAAAAGAUUUUCUCCCUCAGUGUGACUUUAGCCUGAUUAUUCUGGAAUGUGCGAAAUCAUAGUUGCAUUCAUUUCUCUCACUUUCCCACCAUAGAGUCACACAUAGAGCACACACAUAUACACACACACACGCACACACAAUUUUUGUUAAGAACUUCCAUUAACCUAAUUAUUACUGCAGUUUAUUAAUGCUAUGCCUAAUCGUAAAUUAAUAACACUUAAAAAUUAUAAUCUUAACCUCGGUAAAAGCACAUAUUCCUUUUGUUACACUAUUUUUCUUUAAACAGAAGAAAAGCAGAUGAUCCCUAGAAUUGUCAGGACAUUUGGUCCCUACCAGAAUAUAAAAAUAGCCCCCCCCCCCCCCCUUCACACACACACUCAGACACAUACACACACGCACACACACACACACACACACACACACACACACACACACACACACACACACACUUGUUGGUGACUCAUUUAGAAUAAGGCUCUUUUGUGCUAAAUUAUCUCCCAGAGACUUCAACUAUCUCUGAUCAUUUUAUGCAUCAGGUUUCUAUAUAUAGUUAAGGAGGAUAUUUUCUGCAUCAGAGUUUUUAAUAAAAGUAAAAAAAACUAACCAGGUACAUAAACUAAGAGGAACACUUUUGUUGAUGUUGGAAAACACCACUGUGUGAACAUGUUUGUUCCAAAAAGGGGUGUGUAAAAUAGUUUCCUUUUUGAUGUUUUUCUUAGCUAUCACAACAGAUAUAAUUGUAUCAGAUGUGUGUUUUAGUGGUAAUAAAGUGUCACCAGGUGCUUGUCUGUGUCUUUCAUUCACAUUUGCCUAGUUUGGCUUUCAUCCAUAUCUGAGCAGAUGAAGGUUAAGGUCAAUAAUAGCAGUUUAGUGGUGAUGCUAUUU